UUUGUUACAAUAUAUUUAAUUAUUUAUGUUUAUAUUUAUUAUAAUAAUCAAAUUCAAAUAUAUACACAACAUGGUCACAACUCAAAUUGCUAGUCAUAACAAAUUCAAAUAUGUUUAUGUUUAUAUCUAUUACUAUUGCAAUAAUCAAAUUGACCCCAUUGGAUUUUCCCCCAUACAUUGAACUUUUUUCGUUUUGGGUACCUUAAUGAACUCAGGCUGAGCAGAGUAUUCAUGAUUCCAACUCCUGGAUUCUGGCCUUAAUUUCAGGAAAGUUUCUUUUUCCAUUUUUUUUUUUUUUUGUUUUUGGAUUUCUGGGUAUUAGAGAUUUUGUGGAGAUAAGCUAAGAUUUUAUCUUGUUUGGUUUAUCUGUCAGAUGAAUAUUGAUGUUGGGUGGCUUUUUUCUUUACUUUUUGGGUGAUUUUGAAGGUGGGUUUUUAUUGGAUAUAUCAAGUUUUCUUCUUUGUGAGAUUUGUUCUUAGGGGUAGAAAUCUGUUAAUGGAUGCUUGUUUAGUUUGAUGAGCUGGGUAUUUUUGGAUCUUCUGAUUGGCUUGGUUGGUAGCUGCAAAUGUCUUAAAAGGGAAAAACAGUAAAUGAUCAUGCUUGAUAUUGGUUUAUUUAGUGGUUGAAUCACAGAUAGGAGCAAGUAAUAAUAUUUAUAGACUAGGGUUUAAGGGGAAAUAAGUUGAUGGAAUGACAUAACUGUUUGCUUGGAAGAAGUAAUGGAAGGCAAUUUAUCACAAGGAGGAAUGAUUCCUGAUGGGGGCUCUUAUGGAGGCCUUGACUUAGAAGGAUCAAUGAGAGUUCAUCAUCAUGCGCAACACCCACAUAAUAUACAUCAUCAUCACCACCCUAACCCUCGCCAAGGUGCUUCUGUCCAUCCUUCUAUUCAUGAGGGUUUUCCACUUACAAUGGGGACCUUGCAAAAUUGUGACCAAACCAUUUCAAUGAUAGAUUACAACAAGGGGGGGAGAGGGAAAAGUUCAUUGAGUGAUGAGGAUGAACCAAGCUUUACAGAAGAGGGUGUUGAUGGUCACAAUGAUGGAACUAAAGGCAAGAAGGGAUCUCCAUGGCAGCGUGUGAAGUGGACUGAUAAAAUGGUGAGACUUCUAAUUACGGCAGUGUCUUAUAUAGGAGAGGAUGUAGUGGGGGAAUAUGGUGGUGGGAUGAGGAGGAAAUUUGCAGUUUUACAGAAGAAGGGUAAGUGGAAAUCAGUGUCAAAAGUCAUGGCUGAGAGGGGUUAUCAUGUUUCACCUCAGCAGUGUGAGGAUAAGUUCAAUGACCUGAAUAAAAGGUAUAAGAAACUAAAUGAUAUGCUCGGUAGGGGAACUUCUUGUCAGGUUGUUGAGAAACCAUCACUUUUGGAAGUUAUAGGUUACUUAACAGAGAAAGAAAAGGAUGAUGUGAGGAAAAUUUUAAGCUCAAAGCAUCUUUUCUAUGAGGAGAUGUGUUCUUAUCAUAAUGGGAACAGAUUGCAUCUGCCUCCUGAUCCACAAUUGCAGCAUUCCUUGCAAUUGGCUCUUAGAAGUAGAGAUGAUAAUGAGAAUGAUGAUGCAAGGAGGCAUCAACAUGAUGAUCUUGAUGAUGAUGAUGAUGAUGAUCAUGAUAUGGAAACAGAUGAUCAUGAUGAAUUUGAGGAGGAUCAUGCUUCACAUGGGGAUAAGAGGGUAAUGUAUGGGGUAUUAGGGGGCUCUGCAAAGAGGUCAAAACAAGGCCAGGUAAAUGAAGAUGCUUGUUUCCGGAAUCCUUUAAACUCUCAGGACUGCAACAAAAGUUCUUUUUCCUAUCCACCAGUCACCCAAGCUGAUAUGAAUCAAGUACCACCUGACAAUCCAAGAGCUGCUUGGUUACAGAAGCAAUGGAUUGAGUCUCGCUCACUUCAGCUAGAAGAACAGAAACUACAAAUUCAAGUCGAGAUGCUAGAAUUGGAGAAACAACGUUUCAAGUGGCAGAGAUUUAGUAAGAAAAGGGAUCGUGAACUUGAAAAGAUGAGAAUGGAAAAUGAGAAGAUGAAGCUUGAGAAUGAGCAAAUGGCAUUAGAGUUGAAGCGAAAAGAACUGGCUGCUGACUAAGGCCAAGUGACUCCUAGUUCAAACUUCCUUUUCUUUUUUUUUUUUUUUACAGUGGCAGGCCUGGAUGCAAGAUUAUUUUCUUGUUGGUAAGCUGCUAUAGAUUUUAUCCUGGAGUAUUGCAUAUAGAAUGGGCAAACUAAGUUGAAAAUUAUGCUGCUGCUGCUUUUGUUGUGUAAACAUAGCUAGUGACAAUGACAAUUUGUACUAUAUGUUGUUUUGCCUUUUGUGAUAUGGAAUUAUCAUGCUAGAAGAGUUUUGUGCCAAGUAUCUCUUUCGUUUUUGUUAUGUAUCAUUUUAUAAAAUUGUUAGUCAUGGGUAUUUUAUAGAAUGCUUUCUUUUUUCAUGAUAAUGCUCAGAAGUGUGCUUUUGUUCAUUUGUGGUUCCAACUCUCUGUCUCAAACUCAUAAGGCUGUAUGUUGGUUGAUAUUGAUUAAUUUUAUUAUGAUUGCUAUUUUUGGUAUGAUCUUCUUCCUACUUUUGUCUUAGGUUGUAAGUGUGUUUGGACUUUGGUGUAUACUGGUGACCUCCUAGAGAAUUCUCCGUUGCUUAAGAUGGACGUGCUGUUUAGUAUUUUGGAUGGUAUUCUUGGAACUAACAGCUCUGGUUGUCUUCCCUCUUCAGUCUUUUGUCAGCUUGUAGGUGCCCACUAAAGUUUAGAUCUUUCUAGUUGACAUCUUAUGCUUUCAAAAGAUUCUAGUAGAGUUUAACUUAUAGUUCUUUCAAGUAUGUUUGAUAUUGACUGGUUUUCUGGCUGGACCAACUGUUUGGAACUUGCACCAAAAUGAUGGAAGGUUGAUGCUUCUGGAGCUUCCGUAUCUUUUUCCAAAAAUACAUAGUUUUCUUGAUUGCACACAAAAGACACAUCCAUCCCAAAUAUUCAAGUGAUAGAAGGUUUCCUUCUGAGGGCAAUAAAUGGAUGCUCAAACUCUAUACAUAUGGGGGCAAAAUAGGCAGAAAAUGCUUACUUGUUAUACAACCACAUCAAAGUUCAAUAAAAAGAGGCAGCCUGCAAUUUAGAUGUCAGAAGAAGCCUGGUCCAUUACUAAGAUGCCAACUUGAAUACUUCAUCAACUUUAUUCAUCUUAUUUGAGAGCACAAGCUUGGAAAUCACUUGUUUCCUUCCUUCCAUGUGAAUAAAAACUACUGAGCAGGUGUUCCUUUGAAUAAAAUGCUUUAACUAGGCAUGUAGUGCCUUUGAUUUCUCUUACUUCAGUCUAAUUUUUUGGAGCUUGUUAUUGGUAAAUUUAGUAAUGCAUAAAAAAAUUCUCACAAUUUUUAUUUCCAGUUUGAAAAUUAGGUUUUAUGCCUGUUGAUCGUAGUUCAAUUUUUUCCCCUAAAUGAUCAUUCCAUUAUGGUUUAGUUUGAGCUUAUCCUUUUGAGAAAAUUUCUCUCUCAUAUGUAUACUCAUGCAUACACAUGAUAUGGGACACUUAGUAGGGCUGCAUAAAAUUGACAAGAACUAAUGCUGAUGUAUUUUGUUAAGUUGCUAAGUGUUUUUGGAUUGAUUCUUAGGAUUAAUUGAGGCCAAAUAGAUGAGAAGUUAUGAGAAGAAUUUGGACCUUUGAUCAGUUUAGCCUAAUGUUGAAUUGGGUGGAAAAUUAAUGGUUCGUAAAAGUUAUUUGGUGUUGUCCUAGCACUCUAAACAGUACCUUUGAAUAAUAAAUUAGGGUUAGGAUUGAAAUUUGGUAGGUUUCUUAUGUUGAUUAGGUUUUGGUAGAUGAUGAGUUUAGGGCUUAAAGGUAAGGGUUUAGGGUUGAUUUUAAAAUGUGAAACUGAAUUGGAAACAAAAGAAAACAAAUAAGAGAUCUGUGCUUAAAUACACUGGGUUAGUGGUUAGUGUUGCUUCAUAUAAUCCCAAAGAGUCUUAUGGUUGCUGACAUUCUUCUAAACUUGUGUUAUCUAUUAAUUUAAAGAAAUUGAAUAAUUUUUCAUAGUGUUCUCACAAUCCUAUUUGCCCAAGAACCAAAAAUCCAAUAAACUAUGAGAAUCAGCUUAAUAACUAUUCAAUUAUAAAUAAAAACCUUGUAACAUGAGAAAGACCUAAACUAUGAUCCCUAGAGGCUCAGAAUUCCCAGAAAAUGAAGAAAAGACCAGAAUACCUGACGUUUAUCACUGAAAAAAAACAUAGGAAAAAAAGCUUCUAGCUUUUAAAUUAAAGAAACAUAAAAAUUGUGAUCUAAUACUGUCUUCUAACCUACAUAAGGUCCUAAGUCCAUCCUAUAUGAGAAAGACCAUAAGUCGAAAAAUUUAAUCUUACUCUUCUUGACAUUUUUAUUGAGUGCAUUAUUGUCCCUUGGAGAAAACUGAGCAUUAAGUUUUGAAAUGUGGAAAUAGUAUAUUUCCUAAGCUAAUUCUUUCACCCUCUGCUUUAGAGUAAAAGGUCGGGCUCUUUGUUAUAGAUGGCAGGUAUGAUGACAUUAUAGUGGCUGUGCUUUCAAUCCAAUAAGGGAAUUUUGUCUGGAAUGAUAGUCAACUAUAGAAACUUGUUUUAAGUGCACCUUGAACAAUAGACUAGUGGCAGUGGCUUUUUUCUUCUGUCUUUAUAUUAGUUUCCAACAUCAUGCCCUACACGAUUGAUGACUAUUCAAAGUUCUCAUGCAUUAUAACUUAGGCAAAUUUCCUUUCAGAUUGUGGAACCUUUUGUGUCCCAUUAGGUGCAUCCUAGGAUCUGCUAUAAUGUGAAAAUAUAAUAUUAAAACUUUAAGCUUUGAUGCCAAAUUAAUGAGGGGUUGGUUAUAGUGGUGCAGGUGUUUCACCAAAUUGAUGAGAAAUUGGCUUGAUGUAGGAGUAGGAUGGUAUGUUGAUUAGAGUUUUGGGGUUGAUUUUUCAGUUUUAAUUAAGAUCAGAAGAUGGGAAAUUAUGAGAAGAAUUAGGGCUGCUAAAGGGGUUAAGUAUGAGGGUCAGUGCUGUCUUAGAGGCCAGAAUUGUGAAUAAUACCCGUAGAAAACAAGUUAAGGUUCAGUAGAUGAUGUGCUUGCAUUGAACAGUAAGAUUGUGAAUGAUGUUUCAUACUGAUCUUGUGCCUGUAGAUGUUUGCUUUCAGCUUUUAAGGACCAUUAAUCCCUCAAUUUGUUUUCUCACCAUAUUUCAUGGUUGUUUUCGUCAAAGUCAAUACACAUGGUUAUUAUACAGAUUGUGGUUUCCCGAUAAUAAUUUGUGCAAAACUUGUAUGUUUGUCUAUUUUCUGAGCUUCAUUAUCACUUUUGAUUUUGGUGUGAUUACUCUGAACUGUGUAUUUUGAUCCAAAGUUUAUAAUUUUUGGCUGUCUUAAUCUUUUUUGCUUGUAUUUUCAUGGUUAGGCAAAAAUCUGUCAGCAUUUUGUUGUCAAAAUGUGGGUAAUGGCUAAUGCUAAAAGCUGAUGAUAUAUUUUUGCUGUUACAUUGCCUUCAUACUUGGAUACUAAAAUGAUGAAAAAUGUGAAUCUGGAAAAAAAAAUUGCAUAAUAUGUGUUAUUCCUGUUUGACGUAAGGAUACAUCAGAUUGCUACUCAUGUCUUGUUAUGCUCUAUGGGAAUUUCGAAUGGAGAAGAUAUACAUAGGAGGAGGGGCAACAUUGAAGGUUCUUUAGUUCCUUCACUUUAGGGCAGGACUCUCUCUUACUCUUUCUCUGUCUUAAAUGUUGUUGUUUGAUUUGUAGCUUCUGCAUUCUCUAAAUGACCUUUCUAGUUGAAAUUAUUUGCAUGAAGGUUGUAAAAGAAGUAGAUUUUCAAUCCUCUCUUUGUGGUUGUGUCUUUUGGUUUAUUUGGGUUCCUAAAUUAUCCUGUAUCUGGUACCUAGGACUUGACAGAUGUAUCCUGCAUGGAAUGGAUUUCUUGUUGAUACUAUGAUGGCAAACAUUGCUGAUGAUUGUGAUGUGCUGUUCCUUCAAAUAUAUAUUUUUAUUUGCUGGAGUCAGAAGGUAUAUCAGCAGUCAGUAGCCUUCAAAUCCUUGUCUUGAGUGUCUGUAAUUCCUGCCUUAGUAUAUUUAGAGGUGAUACAUAAUAGCUUUUUUGUAGUAGGGAUAGAGGUAAGAAGAGUUUGAUGGAUUCUGCCUGGAAUACCCAGUUGUUAUUGCGUGAGCAGUGGAAGGCAGCUGUCUUACCUUAUGGAUUAUCAUCAUAUACACUGGUGGUGGAUUAUGUAGCCAUUUAACUAAAUAUGUUAACUUAAUAAUCUCGUAUUGACUUCCUUAUAUCAUAGACAUAUAAAUCAGCUUUUGCAGUUAUUAAAUUCCAUUGCUGGUGUAUAGGGUAGUUAUACUUAUCUUAUUGUCCGCUUUUCCUCUUUAAUCCUUUGGCAAUCUCCUCGGAAACCAUUUUUAUUUCAGGGUAAACCUACCAAAGAAGGAUAUAUUUAUAAUUAUGUGCUUUAUAAUCCUUAUGGAAGAUCCAUAACCAAGAGGUGCUGAUAUAAUAAUUUAAUGCGUCAUCUCUUGGAUAAGAGAAACAUGAGAAAAGUUAGCAGUUGUGAUUGAAGUUUUUCUCAUUCUGGAAAGUGAAUGUUUAAGAUUGAUCUGACGGUCCAUUGCCAGAACAAUGGUUUAUUAGCUACAAGAAAUUAGAAUCCACCAUCCAUGGGUUUCAUGAUUAGAUCUCUUUUAACUGUUGAAAAAUGUUUAACAUUAUAUUGGGCGUGAUAAGCGUAUUGCUUCCAUAAUAUUCCAUAUGCUGUUAACUGUCUUAAAAUAAAGUUGGAAACUGCAAAGGACCUGCUACCUAGGAUGCAUUUGUUCUCUCCUCAUAUCUUGAAGGAGACCCGCAUAUGCUUGAUCUCACUCAGGUUUAGAAAGGAAACCGAAGUUUUGAUGGAGUGAGGGGCCAAAAUGUGCAGGCUUGUUGAUGAUUUGGUUGGGGGAAAUGUGCAGGUGAAAUGAUUGCUAAUUUAGUUUACUUUUCUUGAUGAUUCUUGCCUUUUUGUGCUGAUACUGCUUUUUCAUUUUGGCCAAUUGUUGCCAAGAAAUAUGUGCGAUCAUUUCAAAAGACUAGCAGGUAAGAUUCUGUUCUUUUAGCUUUUAUUACAUAUUUAUAAAUGACCUGUAAUACCUUAUUCUUAAAACCAGAAUUACACUCCAGAUUUCAUUAUCUUUUAUUGUUGCAUAACCUCAUUUGUGAUUAACUUCUAUUCUUACUUAAAUAUGCGGCUACUAUCUUAUUUUGGAUAGGGUAACCUCUGUUAUUCCAUUGGUAGAGAGCCAUUGGAGUUUCGCCUAUGGACUUUAGUUUGAAUUCAAAUAUGCAUUGAACAUGAUGUAGGAAACAACUGAUUUUAAGGAAAAGCAUAUGACUUAGAAUCCUACAGAUACAGUCUGAUUAAUGGUUUGACACAGCUGUACCGUUAUUGUCUUAUAUAUCUUUUUUAUAUUUAUUCUCCUCUCUCCCUACCAGCAAUUGAUCAAAAUGGGGUACUAUUUGACAAAGCGACAUUUACUUCUCUAUGACAAACUACUAAAUUCUAUUUGAUGAUGCAUGCUUUUCUUUUGGGAUCUGAAGUGUUGCUCAUAUAGGAAUUACCGGUAAAAAAAAUGAUAUACUAGACCACCAAAGAUUUACUUCCUUUUUCAUGCCCCACUAGAAGAUUUAUGUUGAGAAUAUCAUAUAUAAUACUCCCUUAAGUCCAGAAAACCUCAUGUUAAU